AUACUCUCUCGCAUACGACUUACUCAACUAGUACGAUUUUGACUCUUGGGUUUAAGAUAAUUUAUUGUAUUAUAUACUAAUUACUAAUAGUAGCCGUGACUGACGGACGCAAAUUCCCUUCCCAACCUUCAAAGACGACCAUCAAUCCAUCCAUUUACUGACUUGGAUCAACAUUGCUAAUAACCGCUUCCUAAGAAAGGAUUUUCAUAAAUUCUGUCCAAGCGAACCGGGGCGGGGCAGCUAGUCUAUUUAUAUAAGCAUACAAAUAACUAAAUGUUUUUCCAACACGUCAUUGGCGGAGUAAAUUGCGUCCAAUUGGUGUAGCUGCGUGCAAUUAAAACAAAAUUGAAUUUAAGCAGCUCAUCAUCAAUCCAUUUAGUAGUUAGUUGUGGCUUCGCAAGAGAUGGCAAAAUUAACGACACAACAAUCAUGAAGGUGACUAACGAAUUGAAGAAUAAAAAGACAGAGCUACAUGACGAAAAUACAGAAAAAAUAACGGAUGGUUCGUUGAAAAAUGUAGAUUUCGACCAGCUCCUGUCUUGGACGGGAGAAUUUGGGCUUUAUCAAGUGUUGCUCAUUGUCUUUACAUGCCCAUUUUACGUGUUCGGGGCUUUCGCAUACUUCACUCAACUUUUUAUGACAGAAGUAUCGGCAGACCACUGGUGUUGGAUACCAGAAUUGAAGAAUUUAUCUCCUAUAGAGAGAAGAUCGCUUGCCAUUCCACAGAACACGAAUGAAGGGUUUGGAUAUUCUCAUUGCACAUCAUAUGUUGCGAAUUGGACUGAAGUCCUGGAUUCCGGGCAGAAUAUAAACUCAUCCUGGCCCACAGAACAUUGUAAACAUGGAUGGGAAUUCGACAAAUCACAAAUCCCUUAUCCAACAAUAUCAAGCGAAAUGGGAUGGGUUUGCGACAAAGACAACUACCAAGCAACAGCGCAAUCUAUAUUUUUUGUAGGCUCAAUUAUCGGAGGGCUGUGUAUAGGAUGGAUUGCUGAUCGAUUCGGCCGCUUGCCAGCAGGAAUCGUCGGCAAUUUAAUCGGAUGUUUGGCAGGCGUAUGCAGUGUAUUUGCUAGAAAUUUUGUGGAAUUCUGCAUAUGCAGAUUUUUUAUGGGUAUGUCUUACGAAACUUGCAUGAUGAUGAUAUAUUUACUGGUACUAGAAUAUGUGUCACCGAAAUACAGAACGAUAAUAGCGAAUUUACCAACCGGUGUAUUCUUCACUUUGGGAAUGAUUGCAUUGCCAUGGUUGGCUCUUGCCUGUGGGAAUUGGAAAACUCUCGGAUUAUUAACAAGUCUACCAAUGGCAUUAUCAUUACUUGCCCCGUUUGUAAUACCAGAAAGUCCGAGAUGGUUACUUUCGCGAGGUCGAGUCGACGAAGCAAUAUCAAAAGUUAUGAAAAUCGGACGAGUUAACAAAAAAGAAAUUCCUGAAGACGUUAUUCGUCAAUUUGAACUAUCUAUGAAAACGAAACCGAAUGACAAUACCAGCAGCAUAUUAGAAGUUUUUAGAAUACCUUUGUUAAGGCGAAUGUUGAUUUGCAUAUGCAUAGAGUUUAUGUGCUGCACGAUAAUUUUCGAUGCAUUACUGCGGAGUAUAGGGUCGUUAGCCUUUGAUUUCUUUUUAUCAUUCACAAUACUAUCUGCAACUGAAUUCCCUUCGUUACUAACGGUUUCUUUUGCAUUAGACUUGAUUGGUAGAAAAUGGAUAUCAAUUGCUAUGAUGAGUUUGUGUUGUGUUUUUAGUAUUUUGACAUCGGUCGUUCCGAAUGGUUUGCCUUCGGUAUUAUGUGCGGUUGUAGCGAGAUACGGCGUAAAUAUUUGUUACAUGGUCGCUAUGCAAUGGGCGGCAGAAAUGUUGCCGACGCCAGUAAGAGGAUCCGGUACCUCGGUAGUUCAAAUUUGUGGAUACGUAGCCACUGUGAUAUCACCUUACAUAGUAUAUUUGAAAGUGUAUGUCGCAGGCCUUCCUUUAAUAAUAGUCGGCAUUAUUGCUGCAAUAGGGGCAGUUGCAGCAAUGCUCUUGCCAGAAACAGCGGGUAAAAGUAUGCCGCAAACUUUUGAAGAGGCCGAAAACCAAAUUAGAGAGAGUAAGUUUUUCGAUGUUCCCUUUUUACGUAAGAAGCAACGAUAAAUAAUAGAAGAAAGAAGAAAACUUUUUUUAUAGAGUAACAUUUUUUUUUGUAAAUAUUUAGUAGACUAUAAAUAAAAUUAAAGGUUAA